UUUCCCUAUGUAGGUCUUACGAAGCUAGUGUCAAUGCAACGAAGAACUUAAAACAAUGGAAGAGCGGAAAGCGAAGAGGAAGAGUCCCAAGUCUUUCAGUGCCCAUUCUACUCAGGUUGCUAAUGCCAAAAAAAAUGCCAUCCCAACUAGCAAAAGCACCGGCUUUUCAAAUCCCACAGCACAGUCAACUUCCCAGCGGCCAAAGUUAAAGAGAGUGAUGAAGGAAAAGAACAAACCUCCAGGAGGAGAAGGAAAGGGUGCUCAGGCCACCCCCAUUCAACACUCCUUCCUCACAGAUGUCUCCGAUGUCCAGGAGAUGGAGCGUGGGCUCCUCAGUCUGCUCAAUGACUUCCACUCUGGAAAGCUGCAGGCAUUUGGAAAUGAAUGUUCCAUAGAACAGAUGGAACAUGUCCGGGGAAUGCAGGAGAAAUUAGCUCGCUUAAAUUUGGAGCUCUACGGGGAGUUAGAGGAACUUCCUGAGGAUAAGCGGAAAGCAGCCAGUGAUGCCAACCUGGACAGGCUUCUGUCUGAUUUAGAAGAAUUGAAUUCUUCUAUACAGAAACUGCAUUUGGCAGACGCACAGGAUGUCCCCAACACGUCCGCCAGCUAGAGCAGUGUGCAGCCUGCUCUGGGGGUUUACAGAGAAGCAGCAGUCAUUACUUUUCCAGCUGAGCCCAGUAGCAGAAUCAUCUUCCCCAACAAAAUUCAAAUAAUGAAAGUGCCAGUGCAGUGAUUGUGUUCCCACGCGCUUUAGUAAACGUGCUUGCUGUAAUUCACCGCUGGGGAGGCUGUGGCCUGGCCGCCGGCCGGAUCGGGAAGUGGGAUGUCGAGCUGUGCUGCUGUGUUUUCUUCUGUUGCCUUAAGGGUUAUACUUGAAAUGCAUUGUGCUAAACAUUCGGUAGGGCUGAAGGAUUUGUCCUUCCUGCAGUCACCACACUGACCCAGUUCUGGUCGUGCUUGGUGGCACACAGGCCUCCUGUGGCAGCCCAGCUUCAGUUUACGUCAGACAAUCAGUACACACGCAGGUGUGUUCCCCAAUGGCCAGUGACAAAUGUUUAAUAAGUAUUUGUGAGAUUUGCUAUUUUUAAUAAAGUGAUUGUUUUAAA